AUGGCGAAUAAGUUUGGAUUAGGUUCUUUAUCUUUAGAAACUAAAAAACCUAACACUACAGCGUGGAUAAAUAAAGCAAAACCUUACUUUGUGGAUCAAAUCGGAGACACUCCUCAAGGUGAUUUAGAUAUGAACAAUUUUAGCAUAACUAAUUUAAAGUCUCCAGAAAACGAUAAUGAUGCCAUUCACAAGAAAUAUUUAAUGGAACAAUUAAAUUUAAUUGAAGUAAAUAAAGACCAUUUAAAAGAAAGAAUAAAUGAUGUGAAAAUAUUUUUCAAACGACAAAUGAAUAAUAAAGAUUUUAUUGAUGAUACUAAAUUACAACAAGAAGUAACAAGUUUAAAAAGUUUUAUUGAAGAACAAUUAGUCAACGUAACGAAUAAAACUGAGUUAAUUUCAUUAAUAUCUAAAUUAGAGGAUAAGAUUGCAAAACAAAAAUUAGACAUUCAACAAUUGAUAGAUAACAUUCCAGAUGAAGAUACGUUUCAACAGGAAUUAAAUGCUCUGGAAACUAAACUUAACAGUGAAUUACAAAAAGAACUAAGAAAUAUUAAACAACAGAUACAAAACAUAGAUGAUAGCGAAAUCAAAACCUAUAUUCAACAACAAAUACAAAAUAUAGAUGAUAGCGAAAUCAAAACCUAUAUUCAUCAACAAAUACAGAACAUUGAUGAUAGUGUUAUUCAACAACAGAUAACCACUAUUAAUAACCUAGUUUUGAAACAGGAGAAAAAUAUAACCGCAUUAGAAAAGCAUUUCAAACAAGAAAAUAAAUCAUAUUAUUUUACUCUUCCAUUUGGAAGUUUGACACAAAACGAUGCUUCUAUUACUGAUUAUGAUGAAAGAACAAAAGAGUGUGAAAAAAAUAUGGAAUCACAAUAA